AGUCAUGAAAAAGAACAGCAUUUCUCAGUCCCUGCUACUGCUUCCUCGAUGUCAGUGUCAUCGGUCCUGCUUGAUCAUUUCCUCCUACCGUACCAGUGUGUCUGAGUGCACGAGACCUGGGAAUCUGUAAUCUGGGAAUGGUACAGUAUUUUCCACCCCUCACUCUAGGUUUGAUUGACAGGCAGCAUGAGUGUAGUGAGCACCCCGAGUUCCCGGCCACGGCAGUGGUCCUCUCCGGCGCUGGGGCACAGGACGGCCCUCUCCGCCACCAGCACGCCGCUUCUCGGAUCCAUCCAAACCAACGACGAUGAGCAGGAGCGAAGGCAGAGGCGCAGGUCCAAAGUCGUCGACCUUCACGCAGGGGCCGAUUCCUCCAUCAACGAGGCCUACGGUAGCACAGGAACUCCCGCUGCUGUGCCCAAGCUGUCUUCGGCACAGAUCUCGGAGCAUUACUCCACCUGCAUCAAACUCUCGACGGAAAACAAAAUCACCACGAAGAACGCGUUUGGCCUGCACCUCAUCGAUUACAUGGCGGACAUACUCAAGGAGAAAGACUCCGAGCUCAACUUCAAGGUGGCUGCAGGGACGCUGGACGCCAGCACUAAGAUCUACGCAGUGAGGGUGGACGCAGUACACGCCGAUGCAUACAGAGUUCUGGGAGGGCUGGGCUCCGAGACCAAACCGAAAGACCAGGAGGCAGAAGAAGAGACAGAGGGCAGUGUGAGUGAACAGGCAGCCACCAAGCAGGCCCCAAAGAAACGUCCUCCAAAGAAGACGGUGGAGCAGAACCUAAGCAACAUCAACCUCUCAGAGUCAGAGAUGAAGUGUGAGGUGGACCCCAUGUUCCAGCGCAUGGCUGCCUCUUUCGACGAGAACAGUACGGCUGGAGUGUUUCUGUCUGUGUUGUUCAGCGAGGACAGCUGCUGUGAGCUCAAGUUCCCCUCCCACAUGACCCUGCUGCGCUCUAGACCACCUGGCUCGCCCUCACCUGUACAACACAUACCUGCCUCCCCCUUCACAGUUAGUUUGAAGACUCUGGAGGAAAAGAUGCCCAUCUGCCCAUCUCUAGAAGAGUUCUCCUUCACCCAGUGGACACCUGAGCAGACGACCAACCUGAACCAGCUGCUGGACAAGAUGAAGCAGGGCGAGCACGCAUUCGACGUAAAUGCUGACGUCGAGCCGGACGAGGCGGCGGAUUUCGGCGACUGUUUCGACGGGGACGGAGACGAUGACGGAGGAGCGGGAGACGGCGGGGAUCCCUUUGACGAGCACAAAGACGCCUGCUCUAGGAGGAGCCCCGAGAAAGGACGGGGGAUCAUACCGAUCGGAGAAGGCGACAUCACCACCAUGUGCCUGCAGCUGUCGGACAAACCCAGGGAGUAUUCGUACUUCAGCCCGCGCACCAUGGCGACGUGGGUCGGCCCGGGAUACUGGCUCUUCAAACCCACAAACAAACACGACCACAAGCCGGAGAAGGAAACGAAAAAGCGGGCGCCGAGAAAUCCCCUGGUGAUCGACUUCUUCAGCGAGGACGUCCACUUUCACAACUACUUCCGCACGACCAGAGCAGCGACCACCAUCAGCAAAUCUGCCCUGAACACCAGCAACAAGAAAACGACGCUGCCAGCGGAUUUCCAGUACCCGCUCGGCAACCUGUCGCAGCUCAGCCUCAAACCCGCCAGCACGCUGAUUGUAAAAGACAAGAAGAGGAUAUCGGGCGAACUAGCCGAGGACAUCGGAGAGUACGACUACGACAACGCUAACGACACCGCUAACUUCUGCCCGCGGCUGCAGCUCUCGGACAGUGACGACGAGGUCGAAGGCUUCGCAGGAUCGGAUGACUCUCAGCCCAUGACGGACAGGCUGGACGCUGACGGCGUCUCCACGUACGGAGAAGACUGCCUGGUGCCUGAGCCGCAUAAAGUCAACAUCAUUGAGAUUAAUUACGCCAAGACGGCCAAGAAGAUGGAUAUGAAGCGCCUGAAGAGCAGCAUGUGGAGCCUCCUGACAGACAGCCCUGAGAAACCAGCCAAGGAUGUUGAGAGCGAGACUACAGAAGUGCCGGGAGAGAAAUCCUUCAGCCAGUCCACCAGGACGCUCAUACGAAAGCUGCCCGGCACCAUGGCCAGUAACCUGUCCGUGCCCUUGGCCUUCGUCGCUCUGCUGCAUCUGGCCAAUGAGAAGAACCUGGAGCUUCACAAAGUGGACGACAUGUCGGACAUCAUCAUCAGGCAAGGACACUGAGGACACGCCCACGCCACCGGAUUAUUAUUAUUUUUUAAAUCAUUUUAAGGGAUUAUUUUUUUAGAGCCGUGUUGUUUUUUUUUACAGUGUACAGUACGUUUUAUCCCACAUGUAAGGAGCCGCUGUUAUACAGCAAACAAUGUUCCGUAAUAAACUUUUUAACCGUGAUUUAGAGGGAAAAUCGUGCUGUUUUGUUUUGUUUUGUGGACCGUGCUACACAAGACACGGAAAUGUACACUUAAUUAAGUCUGUCAUUCAGCAUCAUGUGAAAAAAAUGACACCGAGGGAGGAGCAGGUGAACUGCGUCUGCAGAUAGAAUACAGACGUACCUGGACGUGACCU